UCCAACCAGAAAUGUGGUGGAAGAAAGAAGACAGUGUCUUUCAGCAGCAUGCCUUCAGAGAAGAAGAUUAGCAGUGCCCAUGACUGCAUCAGCUUCAUGCAGGCUGGCUGUGAGCUGAAGAAAGUGCGGCCCAACUCCCGCAUCUACAACCGAUUUUUCACCCUAGACACAGACCUCCAGGCUCUACGCUGGGAACCUUCCAAGAAAGAUCUUGAAAAAGCCAAGCUGGACAUUUCUGCCAUCAAGGAGAUCAGACUGGGGAAGAACACGGAGACAUUCAGAAACAACGGCCUUGCUGACCAGAUCUGUGAAGACUGUGCUUUCUCCAUACUCCACGGGGAAAAUUAUGAGCCUCUGGACCUCGUUGCCAAUUCGGCAGAUGUAGCAAACAUCUGGGUGUCAGGGUUACGGUAUCUGGUCUCGCGCAGUAAACAACCACUUGAUUUUAUGGAGGGGAACCAGAACACACCACGGUUCAUGUGGCUGAAAACUGUGUUUGAAGCCGCCGAUGUUGAUGGGAAUGGGAUAAUGUUAGAAGACACUUCCGUGGAGUUAAUAAAACAACUCAACCCUACUCUGAAGGAAUCUAAGAUCAGGUUAAAGUUUAAAGAAAUCCAGAAGAGCAAAGAAAAGCUAACCACCCGGGUGACAGAGGAGGAAUUCUGUGAAGCUUUUUGUGAACUUUGCACCAGACCAGAAGUAUAUUUCUUACUUGUACAGAUAUCUAAGAAUAAAGAAUAUCUAGAUGCUGAUGACCUCAUGCUCUUUUUGGAAGCUGAGCAAGGGGUCACCCACAUCACUGAGGAUAUGUGCUUGGACAUCAUUAAGAGAUAUGAACUUUCUGAAGAGGGCCGUCAGAAAGGGUUUCUUGCUAUCGAUGGUUUUACCCAGUAUUUAUUAUCUCCAGAAUGUGACAUUUUUGAUCCAGAGCAAAAGAAGGUUGCCCAAGAUAUGACCCAACCCUUAUCUCAUUACUACAUCAAUGCAUCCCAUAAUACCUACCUGAUAGAGGAUCAGUUCAGGGGACCAGCAGAUAUCAAUGGGUAUGUGAGGGCUUUGAAAAUGGGCUGUCGAAGCAUUGAGCUUGAUGUGAGUGAUGGUUCAGAUAAUGAGCCCAUCCUUUGCAAUAGAAACAACAUGGCAAUGCACCUUUCCUUUCGAAGUGUUCUAGAGGUGAUUAAUAAGUUCGCCUUUGUUGCAUCAGAGUACCCACUCAUUCUCUGCUUGGGGAAUCACUGUUCUCUGACACAGCAGAAAGUAAUGGUCCAGCAGAUGAAAAAGGUGUUUGGCAAUAAACUCUAUACAGAAGCGCCUUUGUCAUCGGAAUCCUACCUCCCAUCACCCGAAAAACUAAAAAAUAUGAUCAUUGUGAAAGGAAAGAAAUUGCCUCCAGAGUCAGAUCUGUUGGAAGGAGAAGUGACUGAUGAGGAUGAAGAGGCUGAAAUGUCCCGGAGGAUGUCGGGGGAUUACAAUGGUGAACAGAAACAUAUUUGGCUCUGCCGGGAGCUCUCUGAUUUAGUAUCCAUCUGUAAGUCUGUCCAGUACAGGGAUUUUGAACUGUCUAUGAAAACCCAGAAUUACUGGGAAAUUUGUUCAUUUAGUGAAACGGAGGCCAGCCGAAUCGCAAAUGAAUACCCGGAAGAUUUUGUGAAUUACAACAAGAAGUUCUUAUCAAGGAUCUACCCCAGUGCCAUGAGGAUAGAUUCCAGUAAUUUGAACCCACAGGACUUCUGGAACUGUGGCUGUCAGAUUGUUGCAAUGAAUUUUCAGACUCCGGGUCCAAUGAUGGACCUCCAUACUGGCUGGUUUCUUCAAAAUGGAGGGUGUGGCUAUGUUCUGAGGCCAUCUAUCAUGAGAGAUGAAGUUUCGUACUUCAGCGCAAAUACAAAGGGCAUUGUACCUGGAGUGUCUCCUCUGGUCCUUCACAUUAAGAUAAUCAGCGGUCAGAACUUCCCAAAGCCCAAGGGAGCUUGUGCCAAAGGGGAUGUCAUAGACCCCUAUGUUUGUGUAGAGAUUCAUGGAAUUCCGGCUGAUUGCGCUGAGCAAAGAACUAAAACUGUACAACAAAACAGCGAUAAUCCCAUUUUUGACGAAACGUUCGAGUUUCAAGUCAACCUUCCUGAGCUGACCAUGGUCCGUUUUGUUGUUUUGGAUGAUGACUACAUUGGGGAUGAGUUUAUAGGGCAAUACACGAUACCAUUUGAAUGCCUGCAGCCUGGGUACCGGCAUGUCCCUCUGCGCUCCUUUGUGGGGGAUAUCAUGGAACACGUGACCCUUUUUGUCCACAUAGCAAUAACCAAUCGAAGUGGAGGAGGAAAAGCCCAGAAGCGCAGCCUUUCUGUCAGAAUGGGGAAGAAAGUUCGAGAAUAUACCAUGCUCAGGAAUAUCGGUCUUAAAACCAUAGAUGAUAUCUUCAAAAUAGCAGUUCAUCCAUUACGAGAAGCCAUAGACAUGAGAGAAAACAUGCAGAAUGCCAUAGUGUCUGUUAAGGAACUGUGUGGACUCCCUCCAAUCGCCAGUCUGAAGCAGUGCCUGUUAACCCUGUCCUCUCGUCUCAUCACCAGCGACAAUGCUCCUUCUGUGUCUCUUGUGAUGAAGGACAGCUUUCCUUACUUGGAGCCUCUGGGUGCGAUGCCAGAAGUGCAGAAGAAGAUGCUGGCUGCAUAUGACCUGAUGAUUCAAGAAAGCCGGGUCCUCAUAGAAAUGGCAGACACAGUGCAGGAAAAGAUUGCACAGUGUCAGAAAGCAGGGAUGGAGUUCCAUGAAGAACUUCAUAAUCUGGGGGCAAAGGAAGGCUUGAAAGGAAGAAAACUCAACAAGGCAAUUGAGAGCUUUGCUUGGAACAUUACUGUGUUGAAGGGACAAGGAGACCUGCUGAAGAAUGCCAAGAAUGAAGCGAUAGAGAACAUGAAGCAGAUCCAGCUGGCCUGUUUGUCUUGUGGACUGAGCAAAGGCCCUGGCAGUGGUGCUGAGGCCAAGGGCAAGCGCAGCCUGGAAGCAAUAGAGGAGAAGGAAAGUAGUGAGGAGAAUGGGAAGCUGUGACUGAGGCAGUGUGCAUGCCCUCGACAAGGACUUGAGUUUCUCAUUCGUGUCUUUUUGUUCUGUUUUUACAUUCUUUAGAUGUUCACAGAGAUGAUGCCCUCUCUGGGGUGUUGUACAUAACAUACAUUUUCACAGUGUCAGUAUUUUCCUGUAGUUAUUUAUGUAAGUUAAAACUUUUAAUAGCUGUGCUUGAAAAUCUGAGCAGUGAGUGUAUACCUAUGUGUGGCUGCCUGUGAGCGCGUGCGUGUGUGUGUGUGUGUGUGUGUGUGUGUGUGUGUGUGUGUGGGAGAGAGAGAGAGAGAGAGAGAGAAAGGAAGGGAGAGAGAGAGAGAGAGAGAGAGAGGGAGAGAGAGAGAGGUCCUGUUAAAGUAAUUCUCUGUCGCAUUAUUGGUUUUUCUAAGUUAUUCUUUUAUCUUUAUGAUCAUUCAGGAACAGCUGAUAAUCUGAAAUUUUAAUGAGCACUCAUUGUAACCCAUUGCUAUGCUUAGUUUUACCUUUCUGUCUUUGUCAUUUAAUUUGGAGAUCUUGCUUAGCACAGCCUAUUAUUGAAGAAAGCCAAAUUUAUCAAUGCAAAGGUGUUUUGUAGAUUUUAAAUUUAGAUUUAAAAAUUACAGUUAGAAAUGAAAGUGAAUAAAAAAUUUUCAAAUCAGAAUUCUGGAAAGAUAAACAAAUUCAUUUCUUCAUUUAGCAAAGUCUUUAAAAUAUUUAUUAAAUAAAAUCAGAUUUAGGGUUUAGUUUCUGUAGAUGUUUACUAAGCAUGUGGUUUCAGUAGCAAAGCUGACCACAGUGAAUUUGUAGCCACUAGGCGGUACUCUGAAACACACCAAAUGUCUAUUGUGACUGGACUGUGAUGUGACAGUAACUCAGUUGUGAAAUGUCAAGGUUUGCAGGGAGACCUCAUUCUUCUGAGGUGAUAGUGUGGCAUUCAUUUUCUAGUACCAGAGGGGACAGAUACAAGUCCUUGGCAAGGAUUGAAUUUAGUGUAGAGUACUAAAUUUAAAUUUAAAGACAUUGUUCAAACAAUAUCAUACCAUGUUGUGCUGACAUAAAUUCUGUAAGUCAGAUAACAUCUUUAUGAUGAGUUGAGACCUAACUAAUUAGCAUGUAUGGGAUAAUUUGAACAAAUACAAUAAAACACAUAAAGAAGAAAAUGGCUAAUUAGGGUAUGUUUAUAAUUACAUCUAGAUAAUUUUACCCUAAUGUCUUCAUAAACUUCUUAAAUGUAAUGUUCAUUCAUUACCACCAACAGAACUAAGUGUUCUAUGGUUAUGAAAGAAUAUAUUUAUUUAAAACAUUGCUUUUAUUUUGAAAAGCUUCUUAAUUAAUUUGAUUAACAAAUAUGCUAAUUUGGGGGAGCCUAGAGAAGAUAAUUGUUGAAAUUUUGCAAAUAUAAACAUCCUCUAUAGCUAUUGUGUUAUUUCUGACUUCUUAAUACUGCUCUGUUCUUGUUGCACAUUAACAAAAGAGUAAAGAUAUUAAAAACAGAUUUCUUGUUUUCUUUUCUUGUGAAUUUAUUGAAAAAACAAAGUUCUUCUGUUAUGUAAAACUGUUAGAGGGUGUACUAUUUCCACAGACCAGAUAUGAUAAAAUUACUCACUGGGCUAAAACCAGACACUUGAGGGGAGGUGACUGGGUUCAUUUGAAGACAAAUUUCCAACAGUGCUAUGGCCACUAAAAGUAUCUCUCUGCCCACUCUAUUUUAUACUUAACCUGCUGUCAGAGGAAUAAUGAGAGUUGCUGUGAUUCUGUAUGGGGAAAGAUAAAAACCACCAACAGAAACAAGAGCUACCUUGCAUCAGUCAGUUGGAGCCUUCCUCUGUGUCUCCAAUUCCAU